GGUGGCUGACGGGAGGUGAAGAUAGAACGAGGGUGUCGGCCAUUUUGUGUCUGUUUCCUGCGGGACGCGGUGGUGGCGGUUGGUUCGGAGACCUGUACGGUUCUCUUGUUUGUUUGUUUGUUUUUUUUUUCCAGCUUGUUUUCGCCUCCAUUCGGCCUGAUCUGUAGGGCGCAGUUAUGGGUCGCAAGAAGAAGAAGCAGCUAAAGCCGUGGUGCUGGUAUUGUAACAGAGAUUUUGAUGAUGAGAAGAUCCUUAUACAGCACCAAAAAGCAAAGCAUUUUAAGUGUCAUAUAUGUCAUAAGAAAUUGUACACAGGACCUGGUUUAGCUAUUCAUUGCAUGCAGGUACAUAAAGAAACCAUAGAUGCAGUACCAAACGCAAUACCUGGGAGAACAGACAUAGAGUUGGAAAUAUAUGGCAUGGAAGGCAUUCCAGAAAAAGAUAUGGAUGAAAGACGGCGACUUCUUGAACAGAAAACACAAGAGAGUCAGAAGAAGAAACAACAAGAUGAUUCUGAUGAAUAUGAUGACGAUGAAUCUGCAGCCUCAACUUCCUUUCAGCCACAGCCUGUUCAACCUCAGCAAGGUUAUAUUCCACCAAUGGCUCAGCCAGGACUGCCUCCAGUUCCAGGGGCACCAGGAAUGCCUCCAGGCAUACCUCCAUUGAUGCCAGGUGUUCCUCCCCUGAUGCCAGGAAUGCCUCCAGUUAUGCCAGGAAUGCCACCUGGAUUGCAUCAUCAGAGAAAAUACACCCAGUCAUUUUGCGGUGAAAACAUAAUGAUGCCAAUGGGUGGAAUGAUGCCACCUGGACCUGGAAUACCACCUCUGAUGCCGGGUAUGCCACCAGGUAUGCCCCCACCUGUUCCACGUCCUGGGAUUCCUCCAAUGACUCAAGCACAGGCUGUUUCAGCACCAGGUAUUCUUAAUAGACCACCUGCACCAACAGCAGCAGUACCUGCUCCACAGCCUCCAGUUACUAAGCCUCUUUUCCCCAGUGCUGGACAGAUGGGGACACCUGUAACAAGCUCAAGUACAGCUUCAUCCAAUUCAGAAAGUCUGUCUGCAUCUUCUAAAGCUCUGUUUCCUAGCACAGCACAAGCUCAGGCAGCUGUCCAAGGACCUGUUGGUACAGAUUUUAAGCCCUUAAAUAGUACUCCUGCAGCAACAACUACAGAGCCCCCAAAGCCUACAUUCCCUGCUUAUACACAGUCUACAGCUUCAACCACUAGUACAACAAACAGUACUGCAGCAAAACCAGCAGCUUCAAUAACAAGUAAGCCUGCUACACUUACAACCACCAGUGCAACCAGUAAGUUGAUCCAUCCAGAUGAGGAUAUAUCACUGGAAGAAAGAAGGGCACAGUUACCUAAAUAUCAGCGAAAUCUUCCUCGGCCAGGACAAACUCCAAUUGGUAAUCCACCAGUUGGACCAAUUGGGGGUAUGAUGCCACCACAGCCAGGCAUACCACAGCAGCAAGGAAUGCGACCUCCAAUGCCACCUCAUGGUCAGUAUGGUGGUCAUCAUCAAGGCAUGCCAGGUUAUCUUCCUGGCGCUAUGCCACCAUAUGGACAGGGACCACCAAUGGUACCCCCUUACCAAGGUGGGCCUCCUCGACCUCCAAUGGGAAUGAGACCUCCUGUAAUGUCGCAAGGUGGCCGUUACUGAUCUUGCUUCAUCAAGUUUAAUAGGUUUGGAGAUUAAACCUUUUCUCAACUUGUGCUGUUUAUAUAGACAAGCUUCCGGCUAUAAGGCUUCAUUGUGACUUUAACAAACAUAAUCUUCCCACAUACCAGGAACUAUUGGACAUUUAUUUGACAUGGGAGAAAUUAUUUGGAAUAAUAAAACAGGAACUUUUCCUGAAGUUGCAAUUUAUACUGUAUGGCUUCUUUUUUCAUGUUUCAUCUAGGUUUUUAGAAGUGAAGUAUAGUAAAUUUGGUUCGUUAAAUUGUGAAGGCGCUGGAAUUACAUGAACAUACCACCUUAAAUAAAGGCAAGUUCUGUAAGAUUACAUUGCUAUUUGUAAAGUUAUGCCUUCGCAGCAUUUCCAAUGCUGUUGGACUUCAUGUCCCCAACCUAGCUUGGUGAGGGUUGUAACUGUUUCCAAGUACUUGUACAUUGGAAGUUUGAAUGUGUAACAAUAUUUAAUGUAAUUAGAGAGUUCCUCCUGUUUCAGGGUUUAAGAAAACUGGCCCAUUAUUAUGGUCAUGUGACUUUUCUGUACUGUUAAACUUCAUUGUAAUAAAAUGAGACAAAAAUUUAUGCCUUUUUAUUCAUAACUCAGCUGUGGACCACUGCCUGAAAGGUUUGUACGGAUGCAUGCCAUGGUAGAUGUCCACGCAAUAAAACUCAGUUACCAAUACA